AAGCCCAAAAUGCCCGGGUUUCCGCGCGAAAAGACGGCCCGCGCGCCUGAACUGCAUAUAGCUAGCCUACAUUAGAUGCCACACACGUUGUUUUUCAGAGAGCUCUGAUUUUAGCACAUCGUUUUAACGAUUCUUUGUUGUCUUUUCUUGUUUUUAUCUAAACGAGUUUUAUAUUUUAGUCUAUCACGCUCACACUUGAAAUGCCAGCCAAUACCUCCUUGUUUCUGCCAGUGGAUGUCAGGAAAAGGCUGGAGGUGUUGGAAAAAGAUGAAGAUGGGCUCUCCGAUGAGGACUGUGUCAAAGAAAAGGUGAAGCUGGUGCAGGACUUCCUGCAUCCGGAUGCCCAGGACCAGCUCAGCAGCCUGAAAGCCAAGAUGAAGAGUUCAGAGAUCUCAAUGGAUGGCUACCUCUCUAAGGUGAAGGCCAUUUUGGGACGUGAGCUGUGUGUGGAGAAUGGCUCACAUGGUGAUGUUGUGGUGCAGAACUGCAGGAAUGGCAAAACAAAUGGCUCUGCAGCAAAUGGUGACUCUCACAAGGAAGAGGAUGAAGAAGUAAUCAUGGACACCAAAGAGGCUGAUGCCAUGAAAUCUCCUUCUGCCCCCAAAGGCAAGGGAGGACGGAAGAGCAAGUCAGACUCUGAGCCCAAGAAAUCUCCUGGUUCCAGAGUCACAAGAAACUCUGUCUCCGGAAAACAACCCACCAUCUUAUCAAUGUUCUCCAAAGUUCAGAAGCGCAAGUCUGACGAGGUGAACGGAGAGGUUACGAAUGGAGAGGUUACAAAUAGAGAAGUGGAAGAGAAGGAGAAAGUAGACCGCGACACAGAGGAAGAGACACAAGAAGAGAAGCGUUUUAAAGUGGAGCCAGACAAUAAGCCAGUUGCAGAGGACGCCACUAGUGAGAAAAUGAAGGCAGUGGCUGCAGCUAAGACUCCACCCCCUAAAUGUCCAGACUGCAGGCAGUAUCUGGAUGACUCGGACCUCAAGUUAUUUCAGGGAGAUCCUGAUAAUGCGCUGGAUGAGCCAGAAAUGUUAACAGACGAGCGCCUCUCUCUGUUUGACUCGAACGAAGACGGCUUUGAGAACUACGAGGAACUACCCCAGCACAAGAUUACUAACUUCUGUGUUUAUGACAAGCGUGGCCACCUGUGUCCAUUUGACUCUGGGCUCAUUGAGAAGAACGUUGAGCUGUACUUCAGCUGUGCAGUCAAGCCUAUCUAUGAUGACAACCCCUGCAUGGAUGGUGGGGUUCCUGCCAAAAAGCUUGGUCCCAUCAACGCCUGGUGGAUCACUGGUUUUGACGGAGGAGAGAAAGCCUUAAUUGGAUUCACUACAGCCUUUGCGGACUACAUCCUGAUGGAUCCCAGGGAGGAGUACGCCCCCAUCUUUGCUGUGAUGCAGGAGAAGAUCUACAUGAGCAAGAUGGUGGUGGAGUUCCUGCAGAAGAACCCUGACGUCAGCUAUGAGGACCUCCUCAACAAGAUUGAGACCACAGUGCCUCCUGCUGGACUGAACUUCAACCGUUUCACAGAGGACACACUGCUGCGCCACGCCCAGUUUGUGGUGGAGCAGGUGGAGAGCUACGACGAGGCCGGGGACUCGGACGAGCAGCCAAUCAUCGUCACCCCCUGCAUGAGGGACCUGAUCAAGUUGGCUGGGGUCACCCUGGGAAAGAGCAUGCUGUUGUACUGGAGAGCUGCUAGAAGACAGGCCAUCCGCCAUCCCACCAAGAUUGAGAGGGACAGCAAAGGAGGGCCCACUAGAGCGACUACCACCAAGCUGGUCUACAAGAUCUUUGACACUUUCUUCUCUGACCAGAUUGAUCAGAAUGAGAAAGAUGGCGGAAUCAAACGCCAGCGCUGUGGUGUCUGUGAGGUUUGCCUCGUUCCAGACUGUGGCAAGUGUUCAGCCUGCAAGGACAUGAUCAAGUUUGGGGGUAGUGGUCGCAGCAAGCAGGCUUGCCAGAAGAGGAGAUGCCCCAACCUGGCAGUAAAGGAAGCUGAGGAUGAUGAGAACAUAGAGGAGGAAGAGUUAUUGCCUGUAAAGGCCCCUUCAAAGAAAGUGUCCAAGGCCAAGACUAAGAAGCAGAGCAAUGGCAAGCUGACCUGGGUUGGAGACUCUAUCAAAACUGAGGGGAAGAAGCAGUACUACAUGAAGGCGCGUAUGGACAAUGAGGUGCUAGAGGUGGGAGACUGUGUUUCUGUCAGCUCUGAUGACCCAUCAAUCCUGCUCUACCUGGCCAGAAUCACAUCUCUGUGGGAGGAUAACAAUGGGAAGUGGUUCCAUGCCCACUGGUUUUGCCGUGGUACAGAUACUGUACUGGGGGAGUCCUCUGACCCUCUGGAGCUGUUCCUGGUUGAGGACUGUGAAGACAUGCAGCUGAGCUACGUAGAGGGCAAGGUCAACGUCAUGUACAAGGCCCCCUCAGACAACUGGUUCAUGGAGGGUGGCAUGGUAGAGGACAUCAAGGUGAUUGACGAUGACAAUGGGAAGAAUUUCUUCUACCAGCUGUGGUAUGAAGGAGACUGUGCCCGCUUUGAGACCCCACCCACCUUCACACCCCAAGAGGACUGCAAGUACAACUUCUGUGCCAGCUGUAGUAGGGCUGAGGAGAGGGAAGAGCAGGAGACUCCUCGGGUGUUUGAACCCAUAAAGGAGGAGGACCACGACUCCAAGGCCUUAUAUGCUUUGGCCUGCCUGAAGGGAGAGCAGUUCAGAGUGGGAGACAGCUGCUACCUGCCCCCUGAUGCAUACAACUUCAGUGUGAAGGCAGCCAGUCCAGUGAAGCGUCCUCACAGGAAGGAGGAUGUGGAUGAGGAGUUGUACCCAGAGUACUACAGGAAGCAUUCAGACUACAUCAAGGGCUCCAACCUGGAUGCCCCUGAGCCCUUCAGAGUGGGACGCAUCAAGGAGAUCUUCUGCCACAGACGCAGCAACGGGAAGGCUGACGUGUCUGAAGUCAAACUGCGCUUGUACAAGUUCUACAGGCCUGAGAACACUCACAAGGGGGCGAAGGCAGGUUACCACACAGACAUCAACCAGUUGUACUGGAGUGACGAGGAAGUGACAGUCAACAUGUCGGAGGUGCUGGGCCGGUGUCGUGUGGAGUACGGAGAGGACCUGAAUGAGACAGUUCAGGACUUCUCCUCAGGUGGACCUGACCGAUUCUACUUCCUUGAGGCUUAUAAUGCCAAGUCUAAGAGCUUUGAGGACCCACCCAACCAUGCCCGCUCUGCUGUGAACAAGGGCAAGGGGAAAGGGAAGGGCAAAGGUAAAGGCAAAGGGAAGUCGUCUUCUGUUCAGGAGCCUCCAGACCAGGAGCCUCAGGACCCCAAGGUGCCCAAGCUUCGUACCCUGGAUGUGUUCUCUGGCUGCGGUGGGCUCUCUGAAGGCUUCCACCAAGCUGGUAUCGCCGAGACUCUGUGGGCCAUUGAGAUGUGGGACCCAGCAGCCCAGGCCUUUAGACUGAACAACCCGGGCACCACAGUGUUUACAGAGGACUGCAAUGUGCUGCUAAAGCUGGUGAUGUCUGGAGAGAAGACCAACUCUCUGGGCCAGCGGCUGCCCCAGAAGGGAGACGUGGAGAUGCUGUGUGGAGGCCCUCCCUGUCAAGGCUUCAGCGGCAUGAACCGCUUCAACUCCAGAACCUACUCCAAAUUCAAAAACUCUCUGGUGGUGUCUUAUCUCAGUUACUGCGACUACUACAGACCCAAGUUCUUCCUGCUUGAGAACGUGAGGAACUUUGUCUCCUUCAAAAGCUCCAUGGUCCUGAAACUGACUCUCCGCUGUCUUGUCCGCAUGGGCUAUCAGUGCACAUUCGGAGUCCUUCAGGCUGGGCAGUAUGGUGUAGCUCAGACGCGGCGCAGGGCCAUCAUCCUGGCAGCCGCGCCUGGGGAGAAGCUUCCUCGCUACCCAGAGCCCCUACAUGUGUUCGCUCCCCGGGCAUGCUCUCUCAAUGUGGUGGUGGAUGACAAGAAAUAUUUCAGCAACGUCACACGAGGUAAUGGCGGCGUGUACAGGACCAUCACAGUCAGGGACACCAUGUCUGACCUGCCAGAGAUCCGCAACGGAGCAUCUGCUCUGGAGAUCUCCUACAACGGAGAGCCCCAGUCCUGGUUCCAGAGGCAGAUCAGAGGCACACAGUACCAGCCCAUCCUCAAAGACCACAUCUGCAAGGACUUGAGUGCCCUUGUAGCGGCCCGUAUGAGGCACAUCCCCCUAGCACCUGGCUCUGACUGGAGGGACCUGCCCAACAUGGAGGUCCGGCUGAGGGACGGGACCUCAUCCAAGAAGCUCCGCUACACCCACCCUGACAAGAAGAAUGGCCGCAGCAGCUCUGGAGCACUGAGGGGUGUUUGUACUUGUUCAGGAGGGGUUCCCUGUGACCCUGCUGACAGGCAGUUCAACACUCUGAUCCCCUGGUGUUUGCCCCACACGGGGAACCGCCACAACCACUGGGCCGGCCUCUACGGCAGGCUGGAGUGGGACGGCUUCUUCAGCACCACCGUUACCAACCCUGAGCCCAUGGGCAAGCAGGGUCGUGUCCUGCAUCCAGAACAGCACCGAGUGGUCAGUGUGAGGGAGUGUGCACGCUCUCAGGGCUUCCCUGAUACCUACCGCUUCUUUGGAAAUGUUCUAGACAAACACAGACAGGUUGGCAACGCUGUUCCUCCACCACUCUCUAGAGCCAUUGGACUAGAGAUCAAGAAGUGUGUCUUAGAGCGGAUCAAGGAAGAGAAUGACAAUACAAAAGAGAAUGAGAAAGAGAAUGGGAAGCAGGAGAAGAUGGAGGUGUCGGACUAGUACCCGGACCUAUUCCAAUCCCCUUUCCACUGAGAAUCAAAUUCCCCGGAGAUUCUGAAGCCCACCAAGCCACGGGAGCUCCUCGUAUUUUUUAAAUGAGCUGGCCAGUCUGCAGUACCAUUCCAUGUUUAUGAUUUUUAAAUGUGAUUUUAACCGUGUUUGGAAAGUGAAAAUAAAUUGUAUGUAGUUUUUAUAUGUUGUAAUAUUUCAAAUAAAGCUCUUAAAUGGCA